AUGUCGCCAAAGAAAGUACAGAGAAAGCCCCCAAUUGACGACCCCAUUGUUGAAUUUCAAGUCAAGAAAGGGGUUGAAAGACCAUUUGUCGUCACUUCACCAUCACCAUCCCUCUCGGACCUGCGCUCCAUUUCUUCCCCUAAGGAAAAGGCGACCAUUGUUGCGCUUGUAUUCUUCUCGGCAUUGCUAAGAUUUAACCGUUUGGAAUUCCCAGACUCCCCGGUAUUCCACGAAUCAAAUGUGGGGACCACCAUCAAUAACUACAUGACAGGUGAUUUCUUCACCGAUGCCCAACCACCAUUAGUAAAAAUGUUAUAUACCGGUGUUGCUUAUGUCUUUGGGUAUGAUGCCUCAUUUGAUUUCAAGACCACCGGUCAACCAUUCGCAGCGCAAUUCCCAUACGUUGCCUUAAGAAGUUUGCCUGCCAUUCUUGGUGUGGGAACCGUGUUGUUCUUGUACUUGACAUUGAGAGCUAGUGGAUGUCGUAUUGCCAGUGCAUUGACUGCUUCUUUAUUAUUGGCAAUUGAGAAUGGUAAUAUCACAACAUCGAGAUUCUUUUUAUUAGAUUCUCCGUUCAUGUUUUUCGUGGCGGCCACAGCAUAUUCCAUGAAAAAGUUUGAGAGUCUCGUCCCAUUCACCAUCAAAUGGUACAAGUCCCUUUUAGCAAUUGGGUUUGGUGUGGGUUGUGCACUAAGCUCGAAAUGGGAAGGGCUCGGAACUGUUGCUUGGGCUGGGGUGAUGGCAUUGAUCCAAUUAUGGUUUAUCUGGGGUGAUUUGACCGUAACUCCAAUGAAUUCUUUGAAACACUUUGUGAUCAGAGCUUUUGGGCUCUUGGUGUUCCCUAUUAUUCUUUACUUGGUGAUUUUCUCUACCCAUUUGAGCUCCCUCUUCAAGAAUUCCCAUGAAGCUGCCUUCAUGUCUCAACGUUUUAGACAAGACUUGCUCAACAAUGAUAUUCCAAAAAGCACUGUUUCCCAAGUUGGUAUUGGGUCGGUCAUCACUUUACGUCAUCUCAAUUCCAAUGGUGGAUUUCUACAUUCACAUAAUCAUUCCUGGGAGACCGGAUCAAAGCAGAGACAAGUGACAUUAUACCCCCACGCUGAUGAAAACAAUGAAUGGGUAAUUGAACUUUACAAUGAAACUACUCCACCAACCGAAUUCGUUCCUCUCAAAGACAAUAUGAAGAUCCGCUUGAGACACAAAUUAUCCUACUUGAGAUUACACUCCCAUGACCAUCCAGCCCCAGCGUCUAAAAAAGAUUGGCUCAAAGAGGUCAGUGGCUACGGUUACGUCGGGUUCCAAGGUGAUGCUAAUGAUGAUUUUGUGGUGGAAAUUGUCAAACAUGAAUCGGAGAAAGGUAUUGCCAGAAAAGAAGUCCAAGCUAUUGACACUGUUUUCAGAUUGAGACAUGCCAUGACUCACGCUUACUUGUUUUCUUAUGAUAUGAAAUUGCCAGACUAUGCAUUCAACCAACAAGAGGUCACUACUUCUCAAUUGGGGCUUAGAAAGAAAACUUAUUGGUACAUAGAAUCGAACCAGAAUUCUCUUUUGAGCCACGCUGAUGCUAAACUUGUGUCGUACAAAAAAAUUUCGCUUUGGAGACAACUUGUAGAAGUCCAUAGCCGCAUGUGGAACAUUUUACUGGAUCGAGGCUCAGCUAGUGCCGGGGAAUCAAACCCGAGCUCAUGGCCAUUGUUGCUCAAUGGUGUUAGCUUUUGGUCUUCUGCUUCAGGAGAAAACCAGAUUUACUUUUUAGGUAAUGCUGUCACUUGGUUGUUGUCCGCCUUGUCAUUGGGAUUGUUCUUUGGAUAUUUGGUCUACUUGAUGAUAAACUACCAAAGAGGUUACGCUCCAUCGAGUGACCCACAUCUCGUUAAUUAUCUUUCACAAUCAUUCGGAUAUGCUGUUGGCUGGGGGCUUCAUUGGAUCACAGCAUUCUUUAUUGGCCGUCGUCAUUUCAUUCAUGAGUAUUUGCCGGCACUCUAUUUCCAAAUUCUUGUCUUGGGUCAUACCUUGGAUGUUUUUUUGACAUAUGUGUCAAGUAAACAACCAAAAGUGGUAUAUCUUAUCAUGAUCCUCAUUGUCGUCCUUGCUGGCGCGUUCUUGAAUCACUAUCUGAGUCUAAUUGGCGGAGAUCAUUGGUCAAAGGCUGAAUGUCUUAGUUCUCAGUUAUUGAGUGGCUGGGAUUUUGACUGCAGCAAGUUACAAUGA